GGUCCUGUCUCCCCCGCGGCUCAAGCCUCCACCCCCCGUGGCUCUGCUCUGCUCCGUUCCGAGAGUCCAGCACGGGGUUUCCAGCGGAGAGCCGCAGGAGUUGAGGACUUCUCAUCGCUGCUCAGCCUCGCAUCCGUCCGGCGACUCCGCAGCAAGUGGACCAAGAGGGAGACUGUUGUCGUACACAACACACAGACAGAAACAACACGGUUGCCUGCAGCACCGAGGGUUGAGGUGUGCUCAGAGAUGCAAGCGUCACUGGUAAUGCUCGUCUGCGUCCUGGCUGCUGCCCUUGGCCAGGAGCCUGACCAAAGCCACGGCUGUGCCCAUGGCAGCUGUUACCCAGCAACGGGGAACUUGCUGGUGGGACGAGAGAAGAACCUGAAGGCCUCAUCCACAUGUGGGAUGAGGAAAAAAGAGCCCUAUUGUAUUGUCAGUCAUCUUCAGGAUGAGAAGAAGUGCUUCGACUGUGACUCUAGACGGCCAUAUGACCCGGUGUACAACACCAUCAAUCACCGGAUAGAGAACGUUAUCACCACCUUCAAACCUCACCGCAAGAAGUCCUGGUGGCAGUCCGAGAAUGGAAAGUCAGAUGUCUUUAUCCAGCUGGAUCUGGAAGCUGAGUUUCAUUACACUCACCUGAUUAUGACUUUUAAGACCUUUCGUCCGGCGGCCAUGCUGAUUGAACGGUCGGCAGAUUUUGGUCGUACUUGGAAGGUCUACCGCUACUUUUCCCACGACUGCGCUACUACCUUUCCCGGAGUCUCCCAGGGUCCUUUGCGUAACAUUAAUGAUGUCAUCUGUGAGUCACGCUACUCUGACAUUGAGCCGUCAACAGAGGGAGAGGUCAUCUACAGAGUGUUGGAUCCCGCCAUCAGUAUCGAGGAUCCAUACAGCCCGAGCAUCCAGAACCAGCUAAAGAUCACUAACUUGAGAGUGAACUUUACCAAGCUUCACACACUGGGAGACAACUUGCUGGACCCAAGAGCUGAAAUCAAAGAAAAGUAUUACUACGCCAUAUAUGAGCUUGUUGUUCGUGGAAAUUGCUUUUGCUAUGGCCACGCCUCAGAGUGCGCCCCCAUCAAUGGCAUCAGGGAUGAUAUAGAAGGAAUGGUUCACGGCAGGUGUGUGUGCAACCAUAAUACCAAGGGUUUGAACUGCGAGCAAUGUGAUGACUUCCACAACGACCUUCCCUGGAGACCAGCUGAAGGGCGCAACACCAACGCUUGCAGGAAGUGUAACUGCAAUGGCCACUCAACCAUGUGCCACUUCGACAUGGCGGUGUAUUUGGCAAUGGGAAACGUCAGCGGAGGAGUGUGUGACGACUGUCAGCACAACACCAUGGGACGCAACUGUGAGAUGUGCAAACCUUUCUACUACAAAGACCCAGUUAAGGAUAUCAGGGACCCACAGGUCUGCAAAGCUUGUGACUGCGACCCAGAUGGUUCUCAGAACGGAGGCAUGUGCGACAGCCACACCGACCUAUCCCUCGGCAUGUUGGGAGGUCAGUGCCGUUGCAAGGCCAAUGUCGAGGGGCCUCGCUGCGACAAGUGUAAGACUGGCUUCUUUGGCCUAAGCGCUGACAACCCUCAGGGCUGCCAACCUUGCCAGUGUGACCACAGGGGAACAGUGUCAGGUAGCUCACAGUGUGACCCAGUCAGUGGAGACUGCUUCUGCAAACGUCUUGUCACUGGACGCAGCUGUGACCAGUGUUUGCCAGAACACUGGGCUCUGAGCCACGACUUAAACGGCUGCCGAGGCUGCGAGUGUGAUAUUGGAGGAGCCCUGGACAACCACUGCUCCAUGGAGAGUGGUCAGUGUCGCUGUCGCAGUCACAUGACAGGACGCCAGUGUACGCAGGUCGAGUCUAGGUAUUUCUUCAUGGCUCUGGAUCACUUCCUGUAUGAGGCUGAGUUGGCCAAAAUGGGGCAGGGCUGUACAGUGGAGACCAGAGAGCACCAGCCGGGUCGCCCCGCCACAUGGACGGGUGUUGGGUUCGCUCUGGUACCUGAGGGUGGAACUCUGGAGUUCCUAAUCAGUAACAUCCCCUACUCCAUGGAAUAUGAUCUGCUCAUCCGCUAUGAGUCACAGAUGCCCCGAGACUGGGAGGAUGUACAAAUAACAGUGAUCCGUCCGGGCCUGAUUCCUACCAGCAGCCCCUGUGGAAACACCAUCCCAGAUGAUGACAAACUCACUGUCUCUCUGCCAGCUGGAGCCAGGUUUAUGGUCCCCCCUCAGGCUGUGUGUCUGGAGAGAAGUGUGACUUACACCCUCCGCUUUGAGUUCAGACGCUAUCAGGAUGCCAACAGCAUCCUCAAUGGAGCGGCCAACGCUGUCCUCCUUGUGGACUCUAUUGCCUUGAUGCCACGCCACUCCUCUAUGGAGAUGUUCAACUUAGGGGAUCCUGCUUCUAACAACAGGAAGCAGAUCUAUGAGCGGUACCGCUGCCACGAGGGGGCUAAGAGUUUAACCCGCCCAAUGAUGAGUGACACCUGUGCCAAGCUAAUCACCAGCAUGUCAGCUAUCAUUAAUGACGGGGCUCUGCCUUGUAAUUGCGAUCCUCAGGGGUCCAUUAGCGCCAUGUGUGAUGUCCGUGGGGGCCAAUGUCACUGCAGGCCUAAUGUGAUUGGUCAACGCUGUGACCAGUGUGCUCCUGGAACUUACGGCUUUGGACCCUCAGGCUGUAUAGCCUGCAGUUGCAGCUUGGAAGGCUCUGUGACUCGACUUUGUGAUAAGAUCACUGGUCAGUGCCAGUGCCGCCCUGGAGCAUUUGGUCAGCGCUGCAACGGAUGUCAGGCAGGUCACUGGGGCUUCCCCAGCUGCCGACCCUGCCAGUGUAACGGACACGCCGACGCGUGCGACCAAAGGACCGGAGCCUGCAUUAACUGCAGGGACAACACUGGAGGAGACAAGUGUAACAGGUGUGCCAGUGGUUACUAUGGUAACCCCGUUUUGGGCAAAGCAUCCAGCGGUCAGUGUCGCCCGUGCCCGUGUCCCGACGGCCCCAACAGUGGACGCCACUUUGCUGCAUCUUGUUACCAGGACAACCGUAACAGACAAAUUAUCUGCAACUGUAACCAGGGUUACACAGGGAUUGUUAAACGCUCCGGGGCAACCAUUUUUAAGCGAGCCCGAUGUGAGGAAUGUGCUCCGGGUUAUUACGGCAACCCCAGUCAGCCCGGAGGGCGCUGCCAGCCGUGCCAGUGCAACAACAACAUAGACAUGUCAGACAUGGAUGCUUGCAAUAGGCAGACCGGAGAGUGCAGAAAAUGCCUUUACAACACUGAGGGCACCAACUGUGGCAUCUGCAAGAGCGGCUAUUUCGGGGACGCUUCGCGCCGCAACUGCAGGAAGUGUACAUGUAACUUCCUGGGUACUGACAGCAGCCAGUGCAUGGAGCGUGAGGACUGUGUGUGCCAGCGUGUCUCAGGGCAGUGCCAGUGCCUACCAAACGUAAUAGGUCUGCCAUGUGACCACUGCGCCCCCAACCACUGGAACCUGGCCAGUGGGAGAGGCUGUGAACCCUGCGGCUGUGAUCCUAACAACUCAGUCACCUCCUCAUGUAACGAGUUUACUGGGCAGUGUCAGUGUCGUGACGGCUUUGGCGGGAAGACCUGCACAGACUGUCAGGAGAACUACUGGGGAGACCCAAGGACACAGUGCAGAGCUUGUGACUGUGACUGGCGCGGCAUUGAGACCUCUCAGUGUAACCGGUUGACCGGGCACUGCGUCUGCCAGCAGGGGGUGUCUGGUGUCCGCUGUGACCAGUGUGCCAGAGGCUUCUCUGGCCAGUUCCCUGACUGCAAACCCUGUCAUCAGUGCUUUGGGGACUGGGAUCGCAUUGUGCAGGACCUGGCAGUGCGUACCAAGACUCUGGCAGAGCGAGCCCACGAGAUUCAGACCACGGGGCUUACCGGGGCCUAUGAGAAGGUCUUUAGGGACUUGGAGGGCAAACUGGCACAAGCUCAGGGCAUUGUCAACGCACGCAAUGCCACUGCUGCAGCCGUUGCUAUCCUAAUGGAGCUUAUUGAAGAACUUAGAUCGCAGAUUGGCGAGACCACUGACACUCUGAACCGUCUGGAAGGGGACCUAACCAUCGUCCAGGACAGCAACUCGGAGGCAAGCAAAGAGCUGAAUGCUCUGGAGAGAGAGGCUAAAGAACUAAACCUCACUUCGGAGCAGCUACACCGCCAACUGGAUAUUCUCAAAAACUCAAAUUUCCUAGGUGCGUACGACAGUAUCCGUAGCUCCUACAACAGGUCCUGGGAUGCGGAGCGGCGCGCCAAUGAAUCAACAACCACUCGGCCCAGCACAGUCAGCCAAUCUGCAGACACUCGCCGACGUACCGAGCGUCUCAUCGCCGCCAAGAAAGACGACUUCAACCGUAAAAAUGCUGCUAACAAACGUGGGCUUGGAGACCUCAACACCAGAGCACAGGGCCUGGACUUGAAGAAGAUCAAUGAGAAGGUGUGCGGCUCCCCGGGUGAUGCACCCUGUGAGGAAAGUCCUUGUGGGGGUGCAGGUUGCCGUGACGAUGAAGGGAACAGUCACUGUGGAGGCCUAAACUGUAACGGUGCUGUAACAGCAGCUGACAAUGCCCUGGAGGGAGCCAAACACACUGAGAAGGAGCUGAACAAAGCUAUUGGAGAGGUGGAGGGACUCUUUAUCAAGGUGGCAGACGCCAAGACCAAGGCAGAGGAGGCCAAGGGUAAAGCCCAAGCAGCUCUGGACAAAGCCACCGCCACCAAGAAGAAAGUGGAGCACUCCAACAAUGACCUGAGAGACCUCAUCAAACAGAUCAGAGAUUUCCUCACUCAGGAGGGUGCAGACCCAGACAGCAUUGAGGCAGUGGCAAACCACGUGUUGGAGCUCUCCAUCCCUGCUUCAUCCCUUCAGAUCAGACAUCUUGCUGAUGAAAUCAAGGAACGUGUUCGCAGCCUUUCAAAUGUGGACGCCAUCCUGGAGCAGACGCAGGAUGAUGUCCGCAAGGCCGAGAAGCUGCUGCUGGAUGCCAAGAGGGCAAGGCACAGUGCUGAGGAGGUGAAGACCACAGCAGAGACAGUGAAACAGGCCCUGGUGGAUGCAAAGACUGCCCAGACAUCAGCAGAGAAGGCCAUAGCCAGAGCCAAAGCUGACAUUGGGGAGACUGAAUCCCGACUGGCACAGAUUGAGUCAGAGACAUCAAACAGUGAGAAGGACCUGAAUGAUGCCAUGGACCGCCUGGGCACACUGGGACAGGAGAUUAAUACCCUGAAGACCAAACGUGCCAACAACAGCAUGGCAGCUGCCCGAGCCGAGGAGACAGCCACCAUGGCACGAGACAAGGCAAAUGAAGCCAAGCAGAUUCUAGAUGGCCAGCUGACAGAUAAAUACCAUGAGGUGCAGCAGCGGGUUGACACAAAGGCCAAGGCUGUACAGGAUGCCAAGAAAAGGGCAGAGAGCCUCAGAGAUGAAGCAAAGAAACUACUGAAAGAUGCCCAGAACAAGCUCCGGAAGCUAGCAGAGCUGGAGAAAAACUAUGAGGAGAACCAGAAGAGGUUGGAGGGGAAAGCUCGUCAGCUGGACGGCUUGGAGGACAAGAUGAAAGCUAUCCUCAAUGACAUCAACAAACAAAUCCAGAUCUAUAACACAUGCCAGUAACUCACUACUCCAUGUCAUAAAAAACAAGUGCAUCGUGGAAUUACCCUGGCAUUUUCUCCAGAUAAAGUAACCGUACAUUAGAACUUGAAAAAAAUUUAAAAGAUGGCUUGGACGGUUAUUUCAUCACUCUGCAGUUGAAUUUGCAUAUUUUGGGUACAAACUGUGUAGGUGUGAAUUUAAAACUGUGUCUAUUAUAUUUAUACACAUAU